CAGCAAUCCACUCACUCGUUAUUUGUCGCGGACCCGCUGCUUACACUCUUUUCAACCGUCACUCAUUACCACUAGACCAUUAGACACCAUGAAACUCGGACUCACCCUCCUCGCCGCCCUCGCGGGUCUCACCGUCGCCGAGGAGAUCGUCUCCAUGCUCCUGUGGGCCGUCGAUCGUGAUCAAGACUACGAGGCGUCGAUCGUGGGCAAUGACGCAACCGCAACAACCUACAGCCUCGCCUGCCCCACCUCGGUGCGUGGGUCGGCCUGCUCCAUCGGCCAGGCGGGGAUCACCGCGGAGAUCGUGGACCAGAGCACCUAUGCGUGGUGGCGUCGGCAAUACUCCACUACCUGGGCGUGUACCGCAGAUGGCACGACGGAGGGCGUCUGCCACCGCACGCUGAGCGGCGAAGACCAGGGGAUCGAUAUCUACUUCACCAACUUCCUGGCGGCUACCGUUACCGGUGGGGCUGUUACCGGUGGGGGUGGGGGUUCGGAGACAGCGAGCGCGACGGGCACUACCUCGGCGCAUGCGAGCCUGGCAACGGAGACGGCGAGCGCGUCCCAGGAAUCGUCCAGUUCCACUAUCACGGCGGGUCCUACGGCUACUGCCAGUGCCGCUCAGGAGGACGGUAAUGCCACGGUGACCGGGACUUCAACUGGGGGCGUUCCGCGAAGGACUGGGGCGGCGGGGUUGGUCUUUGGGGGCGCGGCGGUUGCGCUGUUGGGGGCUGUUCUGUGAGAACAAAACUCUGCAAUAUUUACCUGGCUACCUAUGGGGAAUUACUACAGAUUAAAGACACUGAUCUAGAUGGAAAGUAGAUCAAGAAUUUUCCAGUACGUGUAAAGGUAGUGGCUG